GUGUGUGUGUGUGUGUGUGUGUGUGUGUGUGUGUGUGUGUGUGUGUGUGUGUGUGGGUCCAUAUAUAAGAAGUGAACUGCGUAACCUGUGUAAGUCAUCACACCGCGUGAAGAUUCAACUGAAGAGAACCAGGAUGGCAACUGACGUCGAUCGGCAAAAUGUUUUCCGCACGACGAAGGUGCGAGCGGCGCUACGGAAAGAUGGCAGCUGGAUCCGCCGAAGCACAGAGGACCGGACGGAUUCCCACCCGAGUGAAUCUCCAGGCUUUUUGGAAUUGAUCCCAGUCACUGCCUCCAGCAGCAAUGUUUCUCAGACCCCCACCUCCCAGACCCCAACCUCCCAGAGCCCCACCUCUGCCCAGGACACGCCCACUUCUCCAGGAUGGAAAGGGAGGCGAGGCGGCUCGUAUGUGCUGUCAGCGAUGAGGAAGUUUGAAUCUGUGGACACACCAGACAGCUCACCAGUAAAAACCAAUUCCAGUUUGCUCAGAAGCCCUGAAGGUAAAUCUGGGUUAAUGCAGGUCAAACCAACAAUGAAAUCUGAUGAACUCAACAUCACUGAUGAAGUUACAGCACCUGUAGUGAAGACACCUGUAGUGAAGACACCUGUAGUGAAGACACCUGUAGUGAAGACACCUGUAGUGAAGACACCUGAAGUUACAGCACCUGUAGUGAAGACACCUGAAGUUACAGCACCUGUAGUGAAGACACCUGUAGUGAAGACACCUGUAGUGAAGACACCUGUAGUGAAGACACCUGAAGUUACAGCACCUGUAGUGAAGACACCUGAAGUUACAGCACCUGUGGUGAAGACACCAGAGGUUACAGCACCUGUGGUGAAGACACCAGAGGUUACAGCACCUGUGGUGAAGACACCUGUAGUGAAGACACCAGAGGUUACAGCACCUGUGGUGAAGACACCUGUAGUGAAGACACCAGAGGUUACAGCACCUGUGGUGAAGACACCUGUAGUGAAGACACCAGAGGUUACAGCACCUGUGGUGAAGACACCUGAAGUUACAGCACCUGUAGUGAAGACACCUGUGGUGAAGACACCUGUGGUGAAGACACCUGAAGUGAAGACACCUGAAGUUACAGCACCUGUAGUGAAGACACCUGUGGUGAAGACACCAGAAGUUACAGCACCUGUAGUGAAGACACCUGAAGUUACAGCACCUGUAGUGAAGACACCAGAAGUUACAGCACCUGUGGUGAAGACACCAGAAGUUACAGCACCUUUUGUGAAGACACCUGUAGUGAAGACACCAGAAGUUACAUCAGACGUUACAGCACCUGUGGUGAAGACACCUGUAGUGAAGACACCAGAAGUUACAGCACCUGUGGUGAAGACACCAGAAGUUACAGCACCUGUGGUGAAGACACCUGUAGUGAAGACACCUGAAGUGAAGACACCUGUAGUGAAGACACCAGAAGUUACAGCACCUGUGGUGAAGACACCAGAAGUUACAGCACCUGUGGUGAAGACACCAGAAGUUACACCAGACAUUACAGCACCUGUGGUGAAGACACCAGAGGUUACAGCACCUGUGGUGAAGACACCAGAGGUUACAGCACCUGUGGUAAAGACACCAGACGUUACAGCACCUGUGGUGAAGACACCUGUGUUGAAGACACCAGACGUUACAGCACCUGUGGUGAAGACACCAGAGGUUACAGCACCUGUGGUGAAGACACCAGAGGUUACAGCACCUGUGGUGAAGACACCUGUGGUGAAGACACCAGACGUUACAGCACCUGUAGUGAAGACACCUGUGGUGAAGACACCAGAAGUUACACCAGACGUUACAGCACCUGUAGUGAAGACACCUGUGGUGAAGACACCAGAAGUUACACCAGACGUUACAGCACCUGUAGUGAAGACACCUGUGGUGAAGACACCAGAAGUUACACCAGACGUUACAGCACCUGUAGUGAAGACACCUGUGGUGAAGACACCAGAAGUUACCAACGUUACAGCACCUGUAGUGAAGACACCUGUUGAAGCACCUGUGGUGAAGACACCAGAAGUUACACCAGACGUUAGCACCUGUAGUGAGACACCUGUGGUGAAGACACCAGAAGUUCACCAGACGUUACAGCCCUGUAGUGAAGACACCUGUGGUGAAGACACCAGAUACCCAGAGGUUACAGCACCUGUGGUAAGACACCAGACAGUUACAGCACCUGUGGUGAAGACACCAGAAGUUACACCAGACGUUACAGCACCUGUAGUGAAGACACCUGUGGUGAAGACACCAGAAGUUACACCAGAGGUUACAGCACCUGUGGUAAAGACACCAGACUUUACAGCACCUGUAGUGAAGACACCUGUGGUGAAGACACCAGAAGUUACACCAGACGUUACAGCACCUGUAGUGAAGACACCUGUGGUGAAGACACCAGAAGUUACACCAGACGUUACAGCACCUGUAGUGAAGACACCUGUGGUGAAGACACCAGAAGUUACACCAGACGUUACAGCACCUGUCACUCAUGAUGAGAAGGUGCUGUGUUCCUUCUGUAAUAAACCUGUGGAAGGUGAUGAGAAAAUCUCACUGAACAUUCCUCCAAUUGUCUGCCAUGUGGAGUGCUUUCAGUGUGCUACAUGUGCUAAAUCCCUAGGUGACAUGAUGUCCUCCAUGUACCACCACCGUGGGAAGAUUCACUGUAAGACAUGCUUUGAUACAGUGGUCUACAGCACCUGAGUUAUCGCCAUGGCAACAACAGGUGUAACUUUGAGCUGUCUAUUAGACACAGAAAUGUUUUUCACAUGUACUUUCUUUCAGAUUAUCAGAUUAAGGUGCCAUUAAUUGUAUGAAAUAAUAAAUCAACUAAAGUUUACAGCUUUGUGUCAUAUGUCUGUGUAUCAGAUGGAGAGAGAGACAGAAAAUAAACACAACACCAUUUGGAUUAAACAUGUUUAUUGUGAGACAUUUUACAGUGUAACACACACAGAGUUGUGUAGCAGAUUAACAGAAACCCACACAGUGUGAUUAAACAUGUACAGUGUGUAUUACUGUUACACAUUUAUUUAUUUAUAUUAAUACAAUCAUGUAGCACCAUUGGAGAACACACACACACUCUCACACACACACACACACACACACACACACACACACAC